AUGGCUUCACCAAUCGCUCUCCUCCCGAUAGAGCUCCACAUCACCAUCCUCUCCCUGUUAACAUUCGCAGACCAAAUCCGAGCCAGCCAAACAUGUACCCUCUGGCAAACCCUCCUGAACGAGGCCAAGAUCCUCGAAGAUUCCAGAUACCAGAUACCUCCUCCAUUCUUCGUUUUGCAAAUUCACAAACUUCUCGGUUUAUUUACGCACAGACCUAACGGUCAAAUUUCAAUGGAUGACCGACCAGUACCCAGCGGACUCGUUUUCCGCGUCGAAAACCAGAAAUUAGUCGAGGGUUUUUAUUACCAAGAGAACGAAAACGACGAAUCUAUAGACGGGAAUUUCACGAAUCUCUUCAGCAAAUCUACAAAUUUCCUUGACGAGCCCCUUUUUAAGGUGCCAGCAGAGUGUUUAACGAUCAAUCAUGACAAUGAAAACGUUUCUAUCAAUCUUUACAGUAAAAAGAAGAUGUUUAUUUUCUGCACGGAGUGGGUGAAAACAUAUAACUUACAUGCGCCGCCAACUGUCAAAGAACUAUUGGAGACGAUCAUAAACGAGGCCCAUGAUGAACUGGAGGGUGACUGGGGCGUGUACUCUGAUGAACCAGAGAUGAUACCGUGUGGACUGGAUUUUGAGAAAGGGUGUUGGUUGGCGGUGCAUAUCGUUACUGACCUUCGGGCAGGGGAUAUAGAUGUUUGUUUGAGGAGAGUGGAGUUCUCUUAA